AUGCCAAGUAUAGACCACAUAUUGUGUUCCCUAUAAGUUAUAGAAAAGAGUAGAUGUGCUGUUCAGACCCAAUCCUACCUCCUUACAGGUUAUGGGAAAUGUGUUAUUUUAAUAGUUUUCCAGUAGGUUUCCACUUCUAGGUCAAAGAUAAUACAACAAAAACAAUGUAGUAAAUACAACAGUAAUGUCUGCAAAAACACGACAUUAAAUUCUACAAUAUACUACAGUAAUGUCCGUAAAAACACUACAGUAAUGGCCGCAAAACAUUACAGUAAAUAUUACAAUAUACAGUGCAUUCGGAAAGUAUUCAGACCCCUUGACUUUUUCCACAUUUUGUUAUGUUACAGCCUUAUUCUAAAAUGGAUUCAAUUGUUUUUUCCCCUCAUCAAUCUACAAACAACAAUGACAAAGCAAAAACAGGUUUUUAGGAAUUUUAGCUAAAAAAUAAAUAAAACUGAUAUAACAUUUACAUAAGUAUUCAGACCCUAUACUCAGUACUUUGUUGAAGCAUAUUUGGCAGUGAUUACAGCCUUGAGUCUUCUUAGGUGUGACGCUACAAGCUUGGCACACUUGUAUUUGGAGAGUUUCUCCCAUUCUUCUCUGCAGAUCCUCUCAAGCUCUGUCAGGUUGGAUGGGGAGCGUCGCUGGACAGCUAUUUUCAGGUCUCUCCAGAGAUGUUCGAUCAGGUUCAAGUCCGGGUUCAGGCUGGGCCACUCAAGGACCUUAACAGACUUGUCCCGAAGCCACUCCUGCAUUGUCUUGGAUGUGUGCUUAGGGUCGUUGUCCUGUUGGAAGGUGAACCUUCGCCCCAGUCUGAGGUCCUGAGCGCUCUGGAGCAGGUUUUCAUCAAGGAUCUCUCUGUACUUUGCUCUGUUCAUCUUUCCCUCAAUCCUGACUAGUCUCCCAGUCCCUGCCGCUGAAAAACAUCCCCACAGCAUGAUGCUGCUGCCACCACCAUGCUUCACCGUAGGGAUGGUGCCAAGUUUCCUCCAAACGUGACCCUUGGCAUUCAGGCCAAAGAGUUCAAUCUUGGUUUCACCAGACCAGAGAAUCUUGUUUCUCAUGGUCUGAGAGUCCUUUAUGUGCCUUUUGGCAAACUCCAAGUGGGCUGUCAUGUGCCUUUGACUGAAGAGUGGCUUCCGUCUGGCCACUACCAUAAAGGCCUGAUUGGUGGAGUGCUGCAGAGAUGGUUGUCCUUCUGGAAGGUUCUCCCAUCUCCACAGAGGAUCUCUGGAGCUCUGUCAAAGUGACCAUCGGGUUCUUGGUAACCUCCCUGACCAAGGCCCUUCUCCCCCAAUUGCUCAGUUUGGCCGGGCUGCCAGCUCUAGGAAAAGUCUUGGUGAUUCCAAACGUCUUCCAUUUAAGAAUGAUGGAGGCCACUGUGUUCUUGGAGACCUUCAAUGCUGCAGACAUUUUUUGGUACCCUACCCCAGUUCUGUGCCUCGACACAAUCCUGUCUCGGAGCUCUACAGACAAUUCCUUCGACCUCACGGCUUGGUUUUUGCUCUGACGUGCACUGUCAACUGUGGGACCUUUAUAUAGACAGGUGUGUGCCUUUCAAAAUCAUGUCCAAUCAAUUGAAUUUAACACAGGUGGACUCUAAUCAAGUUCUAGAACCAUCUCAAGGAUGUUCAAUCGAAAAAAAAUCCAUUUUAGAAUAAGGCUGUAACAUAACAAAAUAUGUAAAAAGUCAAGGGGUCUGAAUACUUUUUGAAUGCACUGUACUACAGUAAUGUCCACAAAAACACUACAUCGAUUACUAUAGUAUAUAAAUAUAGUAAUACUAUAGUAUUUAUACCAUAGUAUAAUAUAGUAUUUUUUAAUGUGGGCAUAUGUACUUCUACCCAGUACUAAAUGUUUCUUCCUUCUAGGGAGUUUUUCCAUGCUGCUGUUUGUGUAGGGGUCUAGGCCAGGUUACUGCAAAUCACUUUUUACUUCCACAGUUGUCCCACAGGGCUUUAUAAAUAACAUGUAUUUAUUUAUUUAUUUGUAAACAUUUUAAUAUCUGAAAAUUCGCACUACCCCAACCAUGUGAAAAAAGAUUAUGUAACUAACAGGCAAUGUUUACUUUUUUAAUUGUGGCUAUGGCAGUCAAUAGCAAAACAUUCUAACAGUAUUUCUUAUUGUAUUCUCAACUCACCAUAAUAUACUUUUAAUGUGGGGCUAUGACAGUCAAUUGCAAGUUAGUCUGGCAUAAUUUAGGUUAUCACCACCACUAAUGAGAUGAGUGUGCUUGAUGCAUGUCACUUCUGAGAUUCUCAAAGUCAGGGGGCGUGGUCGACAGUGCUCACCUCAUCUCCUGUCACAUCCAACCUGGAUCGAUAUUUGUUUUUAAUGCAGACGCGAGCACUGAAUCCGCGUACCAUGAGUUUUAAUGCUCGGAGGGAGACGGCACAGUAUUCCCUUUCAGUCAGGAACCAAACUCCUCCAUAGUGACCUGUGAAUGAGUUGUGUGCAGCAUUCGGUCACAUGACAGCUCGAUCAGCUUUUCGAUUUCACUUACCGCAUGUCAACAGAGCCAGGAUCACAGUCAAACGGAUUUCACUGAGUCGGUCAGUCUUCUGUAGAUUUUUUUUGUAUUUCCCCGGCAUGCUUGCAUUCAGUUCGUUCCGUUUCCCAAAUACACUAUAUAUAAGUAUGUGGACACCCCUUCAAAUGAUUGGAUUUGGCUAUUUCAGCCACACCCGUUGCUAACAGGUGUAUAAAAUUGAGCACACAGCCAUGCAAUCUCCAUAGACAUACAUUGGCAGUAGAAUGGCCUUACUGAAGAGCUCAGUGACUUUCAACAUGGCACCGUCAUAGGAUGCCAACUUUACAACAAGUCAGUUCGUCAAAUUUCUGCCCUGCUAGAGCUGCCCAAGUCAACUGUAAGUGCUGUUAUUGUGAAGCGGAAACAUCUAGGAGCAACAACGGCUCUGGGAGCAACAAAGUGGUAGGCCACACAAGCUCACAGAACGGGACCGCCGAGUGCUGAAGUGCGUAAAAAUCGUCUGUCCUCGGUUGCAACACUCACUGCCGAGUUCCAAACUGCCUCUGGAAGCAACGUCAGCAUAAGAACUGUUCGUCGGGAGCUUCAUGAAAUGGGUUUCUAUGGCCGAGCAGCCACAAUCAAAGCGUCGGCUGGAGUGGUGUAAAGCUCGCCGCCAUUGGACUCUGGAGCAGUGGAAACGCGUUCCCUGGAGUGAUGAAUCACGCUUCACCAUCUGGCAGUCCGACGGACAAAUCUGGGUUUUGCGGAUGCCAGGAGAACGCUACCUGCCCCAAUGCAUAUUGCCAACUGUAAAGUUUAGUGGAGGAGGAAUAAUGGUCUGGGGCUGUUUUUCAUGGUUCGGGCUAGGCCCCUUAGUUCCAGUGAAGAGAAAUCUUAACGCUACAGCAUACAAUGACAUUCUAGACGAUUCUGUGCUUCCAACUUUGUGGCAACAGUUUGGGGAAGGCCCUUUCCUGUUUCAGCAUGACAAUUACCCCAUACACAAAGCGAGGUCCAUACAGAAAUGGUUUGUCGAGAUCUGUGUGGAAGAACUUGACUGGCCUUCACAGAGACCUGACCUCAACCCCAUCGAACACCUUUGGGAUGAAUUGGAAUGCCGACUGCGAGCCAGGCCUAAUCUCCCAACAUCAGUGCCCGACCUCACUAAUGCUCUUGUGGCUGAAUGGAAGCAAGUCCCCGCAUCAAUGUUCCAACAUCUAGUGGAAAGCCUUCCCUUUAGAGUGGAGGCUGUUAUAGCAGCAAAGGGGGGACCAACUCCAUAUUAAUGCCCAUGAUUUUGGAAUGAGAUGUUCAACGAGCAGGUGUCCACAUACUUUUGGUCAUAUAGGGUAUCAGUUGCAGCCGGUAAUAUCAAAGUCUCUGCAAUAGCUUGUGGUUUUAUAGCGUAGCAGGCUUAGCCAUUCACCAUGGGAAUGAUUCAAGUUCAACGGUCAAGUGUGCCCUUUUCCCAUGAUCUAAGAGCAGUCUCUGGUUGACUUUUAACUUUUAGAUUACAAUAAUUUUCAUUUUUAAGGUUAAUCACAAUACAAUGAUUUUGAGAGACAAACAUGAUAUUAUAAUGUAUGUAUAUUUUUUGUGUGUUUUUUCUCCAGCAUUUUGGAAAUUCUCCCGUGACCCAAUUUUCAUAUCAGGGUCGUGACCUCUAGUUUGGGAACCACUGACCUAGCUCGAACAGCCGCUAGUGACCUGUUCUAGUGUCGAAAUAAAGGAAACACCAUUAUAAAAUGUCUUAUGGUGUUGGGCCACCACGCAGCCUGCAUAGACUAGACGUAACAUAGUAAAAGUAAAUCUGGUACACUCAAAUUAUAUUGAACAAAAAUAUAAAUGCAACAUGCUACAAUUUCAAAGAUUUUACUGUUACGGUUCAUAUAAGGAAAUCUGUUAAUUGAAAUAAAUUCAUUAGGCCUUAAUCGAUUUCACAUGACUGGGAAUACAGAUAUGCAUCUGUUGGUCACAGAUACCUUAAAAAAAAAAAAGGUAGGGGCGUGGAUCAGAAAACCCCUCAUAACUGGUGUGACCACCAUUUUCCUCAUGCAGUGCGACACAUCUCCUUUGCAUAAAGUUGAUUAGGCUGUUGAUUGUGGCCUGUGGAAUGUCGUUCCACUCCUCUUCAAUGGCUGUGCGAAGUUUCUGGAUAUUGGCAGGAACUGGAACACACUGUUGUACACCUCAAUCCAGAGCAUCCCAAACAUGCUCUAUGUGUGGUGAGUAUGCAAGCCAUGGAAGAACUGGGACAGCUUCCAGGAAUUGUGUACAUAUCCUUGUGACAUGGGGCCGUGCAUUAUCAUUCUGAAACAUGAGGUGAUGGCGGCGGAAGAAUGGCAUGACAAUGGGCCACAGGAUCUCGUCACGGUAUCUCUGUGCAUUCAAAUUGCCAUCGAUAAAAUGCCAAUGUGUUCGUUGUCCAUAGCUUAUACAUUUUACAUUUUAGUAGAUGCUCUUAUCCAGAGUGACUUACAGUGCAUACAUUUUCUUUUCAUACUGUCCCCCCGUGGGAAUCGAACCCACAACCCUGGCGUUGCAAACACCAUGCUCUACCAACUGAGCUACACAGGACUUAUGCCUUAUGGUUGAGAAAUUAACAUACAAUUAUUUGGCAACAGCUCUGGUGGAUACUCCUGCAGUCAGAAUGCCAAUUGCACGCUCCCUCAAAACUUGAGACAUCUGUGGCAUUGUGUAGUGUGACAAAACGGCAUAAUUUAGAGUGGCCUUUAAUUGUCCCCAGCACAAGGUGCACCUGUGUAAUUAUUAUGCUGUUUAAUCAGCUUCUUGAUACAGUAUGUCACACCUGUCAGGAGGAUGGAUUAUCUUGGCAAAGGAGAAAUGAUCACUAACAUGGAUGUAAACAAAUUUGUGAACAACAUUUUAGUGAAAUAAGCUUUUUGUGCAUAUGGAACAUUUCUGGGAUCUUUUAUUUCAGCUCAUGAAACAUUGGACCAACACUUUACAUGUUGCGUUUAUAUUUUUGUUCAGUGUAGUUGUUGUAGUUUACUUUCGAGAACACAAACUCUUGCAUCUUUUGCAGCGAAGAAAGAGCGAGGUAGCAAGGGAAAGAGAGAGAUGGGAGGGGCACAGCCAGGCAUAGGUAGGUCUCUCGGCCACCAGGCAGACAGUCAGAAACGUGCAUCAGUAAUCAAAAGAUGUAGGUAGGAUAUAAGCUAUCGCAAUGCUGUAUUUAAAGUCGCAUGGCCAGGAAUCUGAUUUGUAUCUGACUUCGAACCAUCUACGACGGUGGUUUGAAACGUGGCUUGAAAUAUCUGAUUCCAUGUGCUUUUUGGCUGUUCAGACUGCAAGAAAAAGAACAGUUUCGAAUCGGAUAUGCAAUUUUUUUUUUAUUUGAGUCACUUCAAACUGCCAAUGUGAAAAAGGCUUUAGUUAGCCAACCUCUUGAUACUUUUCAUCCACAUAUAACUGAUAAAGUUUAAAUAGGCCUACUUCAUCAGUUAUCAUGAAUAUUGGUACUUCUGACUGAAACAAGUAUAGCCAUGCAUGUCUUCAAACUCAUCUGUUCGAAGACCAGCUCGCUGUGGGAAAUGCCUCACUUAGACUGAGUGGUGUGCAGCCGAGUGACCAGGGCCAAUACACCUGUGAUGUGACAGAUGAACAGGGAAGCACCCAGGAAAAGCUACUACUUUUAGUGGCAGGUUAGAGAGUAUGUAUUUUUGUCCAUUCAGAUUGGCAGGUUAGAGAGUAUGUAUUUUUGUCCAUUCAGAUUGUUUUGAAAUCUUGCAUCUAUGGGGGAUCAAUUUAUAGUCAUCUAUAAAGCCAAUUUAUAGUCAUCUAUAAAAUCAAUUUAUAGUCAUCCUAAAGCCUUUUGCAGUCAGAAUUAUCCUAUGUUAAGAGUUUAAUGUGAGUAUUGUUGUUGUUUUUGUUUACCCCUAGCCCCCAUCAAGGAGCCCCAGCUCUCUGUACAGUCAUCCUGUGACAGCUUCGUCAUCACCCUCAACUCCCCCCAGGGUUUCCCCCAGCCUGAUGUGUGGUGGACGGACUCCAUUGGAGGAGACAUCUCCAAUCAGAGCCACAGCCGUAUCGGCCUGGAAGCAGGGGGCGCUAUGAGGUCCACAGGUCAAUGGAGGUCAGGCCAAACAGUACACUCACCAUCAUUGUUGAAAUAAGACUGGAGGUUCUCAAUCAAAGCUUCACCCGCUCGCUCAUCCUCCACCCACUCCCAGGUAAAGUUGUGACCUACCAACAGGUUUAGGGGUAGAGCAAUGUGACCAAGUAUGGAUCACUGAUUUAGUGAUGAAAUAUUAAACCAUUGCAUAAUCACUAAGGGCUAAACCCUGACAAGAGAUAGUGUGUUACUCUUACACAAAUUCUGCAAUGUACAGUACCUUGCAAAAGUAUUCAUCCCCCUUGGCGUUUUUCCUAUUUUGUUGCAUUACAACCUGUAAUUUAAAUGGAUUUUUAUUUGUAUUUCAUGUAAUGGACAUACACAAAAUAGUCCAAAUUGGUGAAGUGAAAUGAAAAAAUAACAUGUUUCAAAAAAUUCUACAAAAUAAAUAACGGAAAAGUGGUGUAUUCACCCCCUUUGCUAUGAAGCCCCUAAAUAAGAUCUGCCGCAACCAAUUACCUUCAGAAGUCACAUAAUUAGUUAAAUAAAGUCUAACUGUGUGCAAUCUAAGUGUCACAUGACCUGUAACAUGAUCUCAGUAUAUAUACACCUGUUCUGAAAGGCACCACUAAGCAAGGGGCACCACCAAGCAAGCGGCACCAUGAAGACCAAUGAGCUCUCCAAACAGGUCAGGGACAAAUUUGUGGAGAAGUACAGAUCAGGGUUGGGUUAUAAAAAAUAUCCGAAACUUUGAACAUCCCACGGAGCACCAUUAAAUCCAAGAGAGGGCCGCCCACCAAAACUCACGGACCAGGCAAUGAGGGCAUUAAUCAGAGAGGCAACAAAGAGACCAAAGAUAACCCUGAAGGAGCAGCAAAGCUCCACAGCGGAGAUUGGAGUAUCUGUCCAUAGGAUUACUUUAAGCCGUACACUCCACAGAGUUGGGCUUUACGGAAGAGUGACCAGAAAAAAGCCAUUGCUUAAAUAAAAAAAUAAGCAAACACGUUUGAUGUUCACCAAAAGGCAUGUGGGAGACUCCCCAAACAUAUGGAAGAAGGUACUCUGGUCAGAUGACUAAAAUUGAGCUUUUUGGCCAUCAAGGAAAGCACUAUGUCUGGCGCAAACCCAACACCUCUCAUCAUCCCGAGAACACCAUCCCCACAGUGAAGCAUGGUGGUGGCAGCAUCAUGCUGUGGGGAUGUUUUUCAUCGGCAGGGACUGGGAAACUAGUCAGAAUUGAAGGAAUGAUGGAUGACGCUAAAUACAGGGAAAUUCUUGAGGGAAACCUGUUUCAGUCUUCCAGAGAUUUGAGACUGGGACGGAGGUUCACCUUCCAGCAGGACAAUGACCCUAAGCAUACUGCUAAAGCAACACUCGAGUGGUUUAAGGGGAAACAUUUAAAUGUCUUGGAAGGGCCUAGUCAAAGCCCAGACCUCAAUCCAAUUGAGAAUCUGUGGUAUGACUUAAAGAUUGCUGUACACCAGCGGAACCCAUCCAACUUGAAGGAGCUGGAGCCGUUUUGCCUUGGAGAAUGGGCAAAAAUCCAUGCGGUUAGAUGUGCCAAGCUUAUAGAGACAUACCCCAAGAGACUUUCAGCUGUAAUUGCUGCAAAAGGUGGCUCUACAAAGUAUUGACUUUGGGGGGUGAAUAGUUAUGCACGCUCAAGUUUUCUGUUUUUUUGUCUUAUUUCUUGUUUGUUUCACAAAAAAAAUUUUUUUGCAUCUUCAAAGUGGUAGGCAUGUUGUGUAAAUCAAAUGAUACAAACCUCCCAAAAAUCCAUUUUAAAUCCAGGUUGUAAGGCAACAAAAUAGGAAAAAUGCCAAGGGGGGUGAAUACUUUUGCAAGCCACUGUAUGAAUUCUAGACAAAAUUUGUAGUCAAACAAGUAUUUGACAUUUCACUUCAAGAGGGCAAUUGAGUCAUAUGAGCAUUGUGUAUUGAUUUACUGCAUGCAAGAAUAACACAUUGCAGAGUGCAACUUCCCAUGACAGGAACUGUUCACAAUGACCUCAAUGAAAGGUUCAGUGACCAGGCAGUACUACUAGAGGAACAGGUAUUUGGGAGGUGAAGCUGAAGUACCUUUUCUUCUCUUCCUCUUACAGAAUGCUGUGAGGUGGCUCUUGCAACCAGGGGCAGACCGGCUUUG